AUGGGCAGGAUAAAAGUGGCUUCUGCUUCCCAUGCACCUCCUGCGGGUAUCUUAGCACCUGGAAUCACUACUAAUGUCCAAGAGAAUCUAGGCAAUCCAGUAAACCCCAUCCCACCUCAAGCCUCCAAGGCACCAGUGUAUCAAAUAGAGCCUCCAUUUGAAUUCGAAGUUGACCCGACUGUACUUAAGGUCAACAAGUUGGAGAAGCUUUUCAAGCGGGCACAAGGUGUGAACUCUAUCCCCGACAUUGAAGAUGGAUAUACCGAUUCCGCGGUAACUUUUCCAGAUCAGUUUAAAAUGCCACACAUAGAUUGGUUUGAUGGCUCUAGAGAUCCCACGGUUCAUCUGCUGUUGUUCUCAGACAUCCUGCGGUCGAUGGACCUUACUAGACUUCAAAAGCUAUCACUUUUCAGCCGCACCUUGUCAGGAAUAGCGGCUAUCUGGUAUGCAAAGCUGGAGGAUUCAGUAAAACAGAGCUGGGAGGAAAUGGCUGAGGCCUUCAUUGCACAAUACUCAUACAACACGCAAAUCAAAGUCACAACCUGUGAUCUUGAGGCAACCCAUCAGGAGCCAAAUGAAGGCUUCUUAGACUUUGUAACAAGGUGGAGGGCCAAGGCUUCGAUGAUGACUAUUAGGCCGCCAAAAAAGGAUCAAAUCAAGAUGGUGGUCCGCAAUUUGCAAAGGAAAUUAUUACGGAAGAUGACCGUUUUACCGUUGUUCACAUUUAUUGAGCUCCAUGAGAUAGAGGUUCAGAUUAAAGAUACAAUGAAACAGGGGUUGAUAACCAAUGAGAAGGAGUAG